UGCACGUGCGGGUCAAAGUUCGCUAAAACCUCCUUCGCUUCCUUUCUUACCAGCGGAGGCCAUACAAACAGUUCCAAAAUGGGCAAGUUCAUGAAACCCGGAAAGGUGGUGAUGGUCCUCGCUGGACGCUACGCCGGGCGCAAAGCUGUCAUCGUUAAGAAUAUUGACGACGGCACGGCCGACCGACCUUAUAGCCACGCCCUGGUGGCCGGCAUCGACCGCUACCCCCGCAAGGUGACCGCCCCCAUGGGGAAAAAGAAGAUCGCCAAGAGGUCCAAGAUCAAGGCCUUCGUCAAGGUCUACAACUACAACCACCUCAUGCCCACCAGAUACUCCGUGGACAUCCCCCUGGACAAAACGGUGGUCAACAAGGAUGUAUUCAGGGAUCCCGCUCUCAAAUCAAAAGCCAGACGUGAGGCCAAGGUUAAAUUUGAAGAGAGGUACAAGACCGGUAAGAACAAGUGGUUCUUCCAGAAGCUCAGAUUCUAAAUUCUCCAGAUUUCACAAAUAAAACUGUAAAAAAAAAAAUCAAAAGUGUGUGCUAAGCUCUUUGUGCCCUGACAAUUGAGAAUGAGAUCAAGAGUUCGGUAAUAUUUGCAGUUUGAAUGUAGCUGUUUUUUGGGCAAAUUUUUUUGUCAUUAAAUAAUUUAGUUGUA